AAAAAGUAGACCGGCAAAUGCAAAUCAAACAAAUACUCACACAAAUAAUUUCGAAACCAAAACAGAACAACGUUAAAAGUGCAAAGUGAAAAGCAAGGCAAAAAUAAGCGCCUGAAAAAUUAAUAAAAUCUAUUUUCAGCUUGCUAAUUUCCCUAACAACUUUGGCAAAUACACAGAAAAUGUAAUGAAAUCCCAUAGAUAAACACAAAUUUCAACAACAAGCCUUGAAAACGCAGUGAAAACAAAAGCUAAACAAGUAAUAUUAAACAAAUAACAAAUAAUAAUGCACGUGUAUUACAAGUUUGGAUUACUCCUGAUAUUUUUGCUGAGCGUAAGCAUUAGCCACACAAAUGCCGCUCCAGCGGGCAGUGAGGAGUCAAAUCGGUCGCUCAGUGCCCCCGAGGACUUUGAUUAUAAUGACGACGAUGAUUACAGUGAUGUAACGACAGGCGAGGAAGCGCCCGAGACAGCAGAAAAUAGACUGAUGCCACUAUCAUCCUCCACAUCGACCACCACCACAUUUCGACCAAUAUUUAAUAUACCAAGACGCAGCAACCAUGUCCUGGAGCCCAGUUGCCCGCGCAACUGCCUCUGCCUGGAGGACUUCAAGUACGUCCAGUGUGCGAAUGCGCAUUUGACCCAUGUGCCCCUGGACAUGCCCAAAACGGCGGCCAUCAUCGAUCUGAGCCACAAUGUGAUUGCCGAACUGAGGCCCGAGGAUUUCGCGAAUCUGUCCAGAGCGGUGGACAUCAACCUGAAUCACAACCUGAUCAGCCACAUAGACAAGGAGGUCUUUCAAGGAUCGGAGCGCUUGCAACGCCUUCGGCUGGCCAACAACCGUCUCACCAAAAUCGAUCCCGACACAUUUUCGGCGGCCAGGGAGCUGACCCUUCUCGACCUGAGCAACAAUUCCAUAGUCCAGCGGCUGGAUGGCUCCUUUCUGAAUCAGCCCGACCUGGUGGAGUUCAACUGCGUCAACUGCAGUUGGACGGAGCUACCGGAGCAGACGUUCCAGAACAUGAGCAGCCUGCAGGUGCUCCGCUUGAACAAGAACGACUUCAAACAGCAAAUCAAUACGAAAGCUUUCUCGCCGCUAACAAAAAUAAUUAAACUGAAGCUGCCGGAGCUGGAGCAGCAGAACAUCGAGGAGCUGUGCGGCCUGCUGUCCUCCAUAGACACGAUCAGCUUCCUCAACUUUGACAUAAGCUGCUACGAGUUCGUACUGGGCACCCCCUUCAACGGCAGUCUCAUCUAUCCCACGGAACCGCCGACCAAGGGGAUUCCGGGGCUUCCCAUCGUAGCCACCAGCACUCCGAAGCCAGCUACUUCCACGCCCGCACCGCCCAGAAGUGCCAAUCGCAAUCGGGGAAAGAUGGAAAACAGCACGGAGUUGGUCAAAGCCGGGAUCCUCACUGCCGCCACCAACACAAGUGGAGUGAGUGUGGAAUCGCCUGCCGAGAGCAAGACCAACCAGGUGGAGAUCUCCCCGGAGGCCAUCAACACCCUGCUCAUCUGCAUCAUGGCUUUGGCUGUGAUUGGCAUCGUCAUCGGCCUCAUUUGCCGCAAGGAUAUUGGCGGCAUCAAAACCAAAUGCUGCCGCACUAGCAAACCAGAACCAAAGGAUCAGGUCCAUCCCACUGAGGAGAUACCAUUGAAUAAGCUAGCCUAAGGAAACCUUCCAAAAACCAAAACAAGCAGAGAAGAAAAGUGAAUCCUAUCCUCCAGUUUCGAGAACAAAUUCCAUUUGCCGGCAUUUUUGAUAGAUUAUAAAUAGGUAUACGUCGUGUAUGUAUAUGGCUAAUUAGUUAACUACUUUGACUCGGUUUCCAGCCGUCGUCACACCUAAUUAUAGUUUCUCCUACAUUGCUUGCCCGCACAACUGCUACAACGAAACGAACUCCCCGAUUCCAUUGUUAGACUCUAAUUGUUAGACGGGGUAGGAUAAGUCGCCUAGUCGCUUAGCGUUCUUUUCAUCAGGGGAACUCGGUAAAUGGGAUCCCAUUCAAACUCCUGGCACUGCUCUAGUUUUAGAUCCAAAAUAAAUUUCCAUCGCACACUUAAAUUAAUGUAACCCCUAGAUACUUUAGAUACUCUAGCUAUAGACUUUUGCCAAAAUACAAUAAAAGUAAUUAUUGUAAAUAGUAAAGUAAAAUGAAAAUUA